GAUCGAGCGUACCGAGAGAGCACCCGUCAUAAUCCUGGACCACGUAAACCGACGUCUCGGAGGAUCGUGCCGGGAUCUUCUGGCAUGCGAUCAGGAGCAUGCAGCAGAAGCCAUUGAGAGAGCUGGGUUUGUGCCUCAAUACGGGGAUAUCAACGGGUCGCUCAACGAGCAACGUUGUCAUCGCCGAGGUCUGCAACGAAACGCGCGGGGCACUUCCGCUUCUUCAAGUAUGGCCCAGCGACUCGCCCAGAGCCGAUACCGACGAACAGGCCCCAGCUUUUAUAUUCCCAGACGUGCAGGAAAACGUCAACGACAGCGGCAUCGAAUCCAUCCAGGCGUCGCCGUCGCCAUGCGGUGCCACCUGCAACAGUCCGGCGAUGACACCGCAGCAAUCGCGUCGUGCCAGCCUGCUACAUCCGGAUCACGCGCGACUGCAGCUGCAUUAUCUUCAUCACAACCAUCAUAACGUGGGAGUGAAAAGUCCGCCAUCGCCGGACAAAAUGUCUUUGGACGAGGACCACGAGGAUCGACCCGCGCCACCAAGUCCCUCCAGUUCGACCACCAGCAGUUUGCGAUCGAUGCCAAGCUCGGCGAUCGUGUCGAUGCACUCGCAAGACAGGAGACGUAGCAGCAGCAGAUACAGCAUGUUCGAUGCUCUGGAUUUGGAAUAUGCUUUACUGAGGGCCGCAGCCCGCGGUUCCGUGGGUCCGUACUCGCUGUCGGAAUCCCUCCACAAGUUAACCUUCACCCAGAGUCUGGCCUUUCCUGCUCUAGCGCGCGGUCUUGCCGCCAAACAGAGCGUCCCAAGCGGGAGGUCUCAGCAGCCGACGGAAAGCGGGCUGAACGCCUUCGCCAAAGUGGUGACCGCGAUGGUGCUGAUGCUGGUGAGCGUGCUGGUUUUUGGUGUGGUCUACAAGUUCGCUAAAACGUGAGGCUGGCUGCUGGCGCCUGGUCGAUAUCCUGAAACGAUGCAGGAUGGCAAUCGUCUGGGUGCCGGCGACUUCUUCAGCGAUGUCUGAUAAGGCCUGAGGAAGGGUCUAAAUCUCAACCCGCUCUGUGCGAGAAGAAUUGACAAGCGACGGAAGAGAGACAUAGGACACUGCGUGGUACCAUGUCUAGGAUGACAUUUCAACUAAGCAUUCGUUGGUCCUUCGAUGCCGAGAUUGAUGUGUGAAUGGGAGAUGAAUGGGAAAGACGACUGCGAUACAUGACUCAAUUUAGAGUAAUUAGUCAGGUUGUAAUAAGAUUUUAUACGAUAUCUUAUUGUCUUUGGGUGCGAUCUUAUUACAAAUGUUUCGAAACGUUUGAUUGACCAUUUAGAAG